AUCUGAUCGGCGGUGUCAUAUCCCCAUACCCCAGAAUCUAGUGUUGUUUUCACAAUAAGAUACAUAGCCCUGGAGGUAGAUAUUCAACCAUGUCUUCUCUACCCACCGAGAAAGCCCCACGGACAGUGGAAGCCGAGGAAAACCCCACAAAAUCAGAGAAUCCAGCCGGCUCUGAGCCCGCACGCCAGAAAUGGUAUGAGUGGUUUGCGCCAACAGAUACUCCCGCCGAGCGGCGGCUGAUUCUCAAGCUCGAUGGACUGAUCAUCGUCUUCGUUUUCCUGGCAUACUGGGCCAAGGUCUUGGAUUCUUCGGCUACAAGUACAGCCUAUGUGUCUGGCAUGAAGGAAGAUUUGAAGCUUUAUGGGAACCAAUUGAAUUAUCUGCAAACCGUCUACAUGGUUGGUUUCAUCACGAUGCAGAUUCCUCUGACAUUAUUGAUGACUCGCUGCCCCGUGAACUAUUUCCUGCCUGCCGCUGAUCUAUUCUGGGGUGUCUUCACUCUGGCGCAGUACAAGGCCAGCAAUGUCACCCAGCUCUACGCUCUCCGCUUCUUCGUCGGUGCCCUUGGUGGCUUCUUCUUCCCUGCCGUGCAAUGGUACCUGGGUAGUUGGUACAAGCGCUCGGAACUGUCCCGUCGAGGCGCAAUAUUUUUUAUUGCCUCCCAAGUCGGCAGCAUGAGCUCGGGAUAUAUUCAAGCGGGAGCUUAUGCCAGGCUUGAUGGUCGGUAUGGGAUUGAAGGGUGGAGAUGGCUGUACAUCAUUUGCUUUGCAUGCACAAUCCCCAUCGCCUUUCUAGGCCUUUGCGUCCUCCCCAGCACACCCGACAAAUGCAACUCGCGCUUCCUCAGCGCCGACGAAGUCCGCCUCGCACAAGAGCGCAUGGCAUCCGAGAACCGCGAAGCCCGCCAACCCUUUACCAAGUCGAAGGUUCUCCAGAUCCUGAAAGGUUGGCGGCUGUGGGUUCUAGUUGCGUUUGCAUUCUUUUUCUCGCAGGCAGAUGGUGUAUCCUCGAACAGCGGCUUGCCGAUCUGGCUUAAGGAGGAGGGAUACUCGGUCGAGAGUAUCAACACGAUCACGACAGUCUCGCCGGCGGUCACCAUUGUGGCCUCUGUGAUUUGUGGUGUUCUCUCUGAUGUAUACGAUGCGAAGGCUAGCUUGAUUGCUAUCACUGCUGUGCUGAAUAUCUUUGCUUGCAUUGUGCUAGCUAUCUGGAAUGUCCCUGUUGGACUGAAAUUCUUUGCGUUCUUCCUGUCUGGCACGGCGGAUGGUAUUGCGGCUAUUAUUUAUGCCUGGGCAAAUGAGAUUUGUGCUCAUAGUGCCGAGGAGCGUGCUAUUGUCAUCAGUGCGAUGAAUACCAUUGGUAAUACGUUCGGGGCUUGGAUUCCACUUUUCGUGUGGAAGACUGUUGAUGCUCCAAGAUACCUUAUUGGAUAUAACUGGACUAUUGCCCUUGAUGUGUGCAUGCUAGCUAUGCUGGCUGUUCUAUAUCAGUUCUGGGCCCGCGAAAAGAAGCGGUCUCAAGCAUAGAUGGGUAUUAUACUGGAAAGGGGUAAAACAAUAGAUUGAGAUAAUUUAAUGAUUAUGUAUAUUCUGACUUUUUC